UUGUUCUUAGACACUACAUUGCUAUCAAGAUUGAAGGGGGAAACCUCUCUUUAUUGUGUCUGUAGUGCCAUAGGUUUGAAAUGAGCAAGAUGACAGAAGGCUUGGAAUUACAUUAUUGGAAUGGUAGUCCAUGUGCACAUAUACCAUGUUAUGUUGAUACAACUGAGCAUCUAUUUAAGAGACGUUAUGACCUUAUACUCAGUUUUGUUUUCUCUUCAAACUACUGGACUGCCUGGGUACAGGAGAGUUUUUUUCUCAUUUCAUCAAGUCUUUGUUUCCCCAUGACACUAAGCAUUUUGAAAUUUUUUAUUGUACAUUGAUUUUUCCUCAUGUUUCUUGACCUAUAGUUUAGAAUUUUUGACUGCCAGGUACUGCUUCUUGUUUUAUUAGAAAAUCUCAGAUCUGAAAAAUUUGUAGUUUUUAAGGAAUUUUGAAAACUAAUAAAAAUAUCCUGAGCACAGAAAACUAGAUCCAACGUUAUACAUAAACAGUUGCUCUGAGGGAGAAGCCAAAACUAAAACACAGUAUUCUAUGGAUGUGGAAAUACAAAUGGCCCAAUUUAGAUUCCCAUGCAUUCCUUCACUAAAAGACCAGUCCUUACUGACCAGUAUUUGAUUGAGAAUUUCUGUAGGAAAAUAUGGGAAUGAGUCAAGUGUUCCAAGAAUGGUAUUAAAAGUAGCCUAAUGGUGGAUGAUUUGAAUGACUUUAACAGGGGAAGGGCAAUUUCGAAAGGAAAAUCAUGGAGGCCAAUAGGACUAAGAGUUUGGCCUCGUGAUUAGUUUUUUAAAGACAAUAAAGUUAUUUACAUAGACACAGGAUGGUGAAAAUCAUCUGAGAAUGGAUAGGGUUGAACGUAAUUUGGAAACUAUAUUACCUUUUGUGCUUAAUUGAUAGAAAUGACAAAUAGAUUCCUCUGUUGAAACUUACUUGAGCAACCUGAAGUCUUUAUAGAAAACAGGAAUGUGGUAUCACAGAGGGUGGGCUAGAGAAUGUUCAGAACCAAGGGCUGAAAUGAAAAAUAUCUGUGAUCCACUGCCACUGCUUCUUUUCCUGUUACCUUUGCCAAAUUCCUGUCCUUUUCAGAUUGGAAUUGCAGAAAAUAGUCAUAGAAUUUUGUAACAUAUCUAGGCUUGGGAUGUGUGUUGCUGACCCUCCAUUUAGCUUAUUUGCCUGAACCAGGGAACUAGCUGUCUUUCAGGUUCUUUGAGCCUGUACUUUCAGGCAUCUGCACCUUCCUGGGAUGAAUAUUGAAAGGCCAGAGAGCAUCACUGAAGACUGCAAAAGAGGGAACGAGGAGUGGUAUCCUAUAUAAGGAAGACAUCUAGAGAACCUAGAGGGAAACAGAGGCAAAAGUCCCAGGGAUCUGCUUUUCCAGAAGUCUCUGCCAUCAACCGAGCACAUAUGAAGACAUCACUUUGAAUCUGAAUCACUGAUUUCCGUGUGUGCAACAAUGGAGGACACAGCUAAUUUGAAAACUCAGCAAGAUAUUCCUGAGAAUAGUCUGAAAAGUGGUGUGGAUGACUUACCAAUAGCUUCCAAACAAUAUGAAAAUGUAGAAGAACAAGAAGAAGAACUAGAAUUAGAAACAAUACCGGAUUUAAAACUGGAAAACGAAAAUGCUUAUAAUAAGAAUGAAGACUAUCAAAAGUUGAAAGCUGCCCAGUCAUCCAACAUAGGAAAUGGUCUAGAAGAAAAUGAAAUAAUUCAAGUUUGGGCUGAAAAAUGUCCACAUCCAGAGCUGAGGGAUGACUGUCAUCUAGUCUCCAGAUCCAAGCCUGAAACACAGCAGUCUCAAACAGUUUGGGCUGAAAAAUGUCCACACCCAGAGCAGAGGGAUUAUUCUCAUCAAAUUUCCAAACCCAAGUCUGAAACACAGCGAUCUCAAGCAGUGUGGGCUGAAAAAUGUCCUCACCCAGAGCUGAGGGAUUAUUCACGUCUAAUCUCCAAACCUGAGUCUCUACCACACCAAUCUCAACCAGAUAUAAUAUUUUCAGAAGAACUAGAAGAAGAAAUAACAGAAUUUAAAGUGGAAAAUGAGAGAAGUUUUGAUAAGCAUGCAGAAAAUCAAGAAUUUGUACGUAAAAUUUAA